GGGCUCCGAGCGGCAAGCCCCGCGCGGCGCGCCGGCCGUGGUCUGCAUGGCCGUCGCCGCGAACACGUGCGCACGGGCACGGCCGAGGGCUCGGCGCCACCACCAUGGGCAAUGGCAUGAACAAGGUGCUGCCCGGGCUGUUCGUGGGCAACUACCGAGACUCCAAAGACGCGGCGCAGCUCGACCGCUUCGGCAUCACCCACAUCCUGGCCAUCCACGAUGCCGCCAGAAAGCUGCACUCGGACAAGCACUACCUAUGCGUUAUGGCAUCGGACACGCCGGACCAAAACCUGCAGCAGUAUUUCUCGCUGUGUAACGACUUCAUCCACGGCGCCCGCUUGCGGGGCGGCAACGUGCUCAUCCACUGCCUGGCGGGCAUGUCGCGCUCGGUGACGGUGGCGGUGGCCUACAUCAUGAGCGUCACGUCGCUGACGUGGAAGGAGGCCCUGAAGGUGGUGCGGGUCGGCAGGGCAGUGGCCAACCCCAACUUCGGCUUCCAGCGGCAGCUCCAGGAGUUCGAGGCCUACCGCCUCGGCGAGGAGCGGCGCCGCCUCAAGGAGCGCUACCCCAGCCUGGCGCUGCAGGCCACCGACGAGGAGCUGUGCCGCCAGCUGCUGCUGUCCUACCAGGGGCUGCUGCUGUCCAAGGACCUGUGCGAGGGCCGCUGUCCGCUGGGGCAGCCCUGCCCCACGGGCCUGUGCCGCUCGCCGAGCAAACGGACGGUGCGGCGCAAGUCCUCGACGCAGAGCCUCGGCGGCGGCCGCCCCACGCCGCCGUCGUCGCCCUCCACGCCCAGGAUGCUGCCGGCCACGCCGACCGGCCCCGCGGCCGGGACGCCCGGGGGCAGGACGUCGACGGGGGGCUUGGUGCGCAGCGGCUCGUCCAUCAGCUACCGCCACCGGACCAGCGUGUCGUCAGCGCCGCCGUCCAGGUCCUCGUCCCGCGUCGACCUGGCGCCCGGCGCCCUGGUGCGCACGGGUUCGACGGCGAGCUCCCUGGACCACCACGGCCACUGGGGCGGCCCCGGCUCUGGUGCCGGGCCGGGCUCCGGGUCGCGGCGCUCCGUGGGCUCGGCGCCCACCUCGCCGCGCGUGUCCCCCGCGCCCUCGCCGCCAGUGACGCCGGCCCACGUGCGCGCCCAGCACGCGCAGCACGCCCAGCAGGCGCAGCGAGUGCCGGCGGUGUCCUGA